ACUGUGUAGUGAAACGAAAUGAAUGAAUGUUUGCGUGUUUGGUAAAGGAAUGUUUGUAGAAAAACUUGCCUAAAUUGUUUUCGUUUUCUUGUAUUUUAGGUUUUCUACGUACUUUUUCCAUGUUAUUAUGUGAGUAAUACAUCUCUCGAGAAUAGUGUUAGUGGAAUGUCAUUUAGUAAUAAUUAGGGCUAGCAUUUUUUCAGGACACGAAACUAGGGAGUUAACAACUGAAACCAUAAAGAAAGAUGGCGGAGCUAGGUUGUGUGAUGGAGAAUCCUCACACAGCUGAUGUUGAAGUGGACUCCAUGCCGCUGGACAAUGGAGCCAAUAGUAACGGAGAAGAGAAUGGGGACGGAGAUGGCGACGGAAGCCUCAACACCAACUACGACUCUUGUGAUGGCACUAUUCCUGUUCACAGAUGUGAGAAGUGUGAAAACUACGAGACCCUGAGUCACGGAGCAUUGAUGACUCACAUGUCACAGUGUCAAGGCACGGCCGACGGCGACCAUCGUAGCCGCAAGAUGUUUGAGUGUGAUGUUUGCAAUAUGAAGUUCUCCAACGGCGCCAACAUGCGGCGUCAUAAGAUGCGACACACAGGGGUGAAGCCCUACGAGUGCCGGGUGUGUCAGAAGCGAUUCUUCAGGAAGGACCAUCUCGCAGAACAUUUCACUACCCACACCAAGACACUGCCUUACCACUGUCCGAUCUGCAACAGAGGGUUUCAGCGGCAGAUUGCAAUGCGAGCGCACUUCCAGAACGAACACGUCGGCCAGCAUGACAUGAUCAAGAGUUGUCCACUGUGCAGCUAUCGAGCUGGCUCCAUGAAGAGUUUACGAGUCCACUUUUUUAAUAGGCACGGCAUUGACCUGGACAACCCUGGCCCGACUCCCAGUGCCAAUGGUGGGGCCGUAGAGAGCAGUGUGAAUGCGGGGGGCUGCAGUGACAGUGGGGAUAGUACGGGGGCCAGGUCAGCUGACAAUGCCACCCCACCCAUGCACUUCCUCACACCUCACGUGGAGAUAUCCAUGACGGACACACCUGCAGCAGCUCCGUUCUCUCCGACACAGGCUCGUGAGGAAACACCUUCCAGCUGUUUGUCAGUUAUUGAGCCGCUAGUGAGGUUGAACGGCAGCGCGGAGGGCAGCACUGCAGGCGACUGCCCCGGCUCGCCUCAGUCUGCCGACUCCAACUCCAACGCUCCGUCGAGUAGUCUGCGGGCCGAGCAGGAAGUAACACCUUCCGUCUCUCUUAUCCCUAUCAAACAGGAAAUGGAUGAAGAGAAAAGAAACGUCUCAGAACCAGUUCGCCUACAUUCCGCCACUUCUAGCUAUACUUCUACUCUGAUCAAAGUUUCGCCACUCAAGUCACUCUUACGGGACGACCUCAAGAGACGAGGGACGGCCAUCACCAUGGGUCGAGCUAGACCCGAGGGACCAACGUCUUCAGGAGGCGAUGUCAACGGAGCUUCUCCUGACUCUAACAUCUGGAGGUCUCCCACUCUUGGACGGAAUGCUUCCCUACAGUGUGUCUUCUGCGGGAUUGGAUUUCCCGACCAAACUUUGUACUUUCUACACAAAGGUUGUCAUUCCGACUCUAACCCGUGGAAAUGCAAUAUCUGCGGAGAGCAAUGCUGCAACGUGUACGACUUCAACUCUCAUCUUCUCAGCAAAACACAUCAUAGGAUCUCACUACGUCCUACACCUUAUCAUACUCAUGGUCAAAAUGUUGUGCCUUUCAAAUCAUAUCAAGUCACCAGUGAUAGUAGAUUAUGUGACACUGUUACACAUUUAGGUUUUUAGUUUUAAGCUUACCAUUAGUGUUAUUGAUUUGCCAGCCUGAAUUGUCAUUCUCUAGAAAUAAGUUUAUUAUUUUUGUUUUAUUAUUAGUUAUCUAGUAACCUGAAGGUUGCCAGUUCGACAUAUAGAAAAGUCGGUAGUUUUUUUAUCGUUCAAAUCUAGAUUCAGAUGUCCUUGAUAACUAUCCUUUCAAUACAAAUACAUUAUCAGGUUGUAUUAGCCAGUAAUGAAGCUACACAAAGCAUCUUACUCCAUCCGUUAUGUCUUAAUAAAGUACAGUAAUCAAUGUUUACUAAAACAAAACAAAGUACAUAUCUAUUAUAAUCUGACAAGUACAUUGUACUCUUUCCUAGUAUACUGCAUAUUACUGUAUUUAUUUUGUUCUUUGAUGUUGUCUACAGCAAUGUUAUGUUGAAAAAUGAUAUUAAAGUGGUUCUGAUUCUGAUUUUAAAAUUUGAAAAACGAUAAUACUGAAUUGACCAAGUCAUAAAUAAUUUGUUGUGGUAUGAAUAAAAUUAAACUCUACGGAUAGAACUUAGAUGUUCAGUUAGAUACAACUAAUUUUUAAUGCAUGAAAACAGUUUGCUCCUCAAAGGAAGUAACGUGCUCCUUUUUAAGUGACAGCAGAGGUUAUAUUUUUGCGGUUUAAUUCCGUAUGAGAGCACUAAUCAAAAUAUGAAAGUUAAUUUAAAGAAAACAAGCUUCCCCAUUACUUUAAUCACCAUUUAGUUUAUUAUUUGACAAUGUUGAUUCCACGUUCUAAAAUAAAUACAACGGUGAUAAUCUUGUCACAAUGUUAAACUGUUGACCUGAAAUGGCAAUUCAGGUUGAGACAAAGACAGAAUCUUGACAAUCAAACAGAGUACCUUACCAGCGAUAAGCUGAUGUGCAACCAUCGUUAUAAUCAGAAAUCAAUAAAGUCACUUUAUAGUUUUAUUGCUCAAUUAGACAUUCUUUUUGGGAUGUUCGUAGUAUGAAACCCUCACCUCACUUGUUAGUGUUAAUCUAGUUGUAAUGUAGAUAUUAUUGAAAUCAGAAAAAAUUGUUACAUUCCAGUUAAAUAUAUUCCAUGUAUAGUUUGAUGGUUGUGUAAUUAAGUUUUGUUAUUUAUUAGGUGAUUCGUGUAUUAUUUAGUCACCGCCGUUAAUGUAUAUCGGGGGUUUAGGUUUUGAAGUAGAAAGUAAGUUUGAAAUUAACCUUUCUAUUUUAUUUAACGAUAAAUUAUCAUAUAUUGAUGUUGACACGCUGAAAUAUUACAGUUUAUUUUUAAUAUCUUAAAUGGUUUGAGACCUUUAACUAUUGUUAAGAGAUGGAAAAGUUAUUUUAUUAUUUAUUGAGGUUGUACCCUUUGGUGUUGUAAAUUUUCCAGUGUUGGAAUCCUCACCCACCCCCUGGAAAAAAACAGACCCCUUAUUACAAUAUAGAACUAUUUGAUAAAUUAUUGGAAUUAUUGGAGUGGGGACGCCGUUUCCCCCCACUACACUACUGGACUUGUAUUAGUCUGGAUUAAUUGGGAAUUAAACUUGUCUGCAUUAAACCCAACAAACUGUAAUAAAAAAAGGUGUCCCAGGGCCACUUGGGUAACCAUUGUUUUUAAUGAAACACCUUGUACAGAAAAAAGCUUGAAUAAUGUAUUCUCAACUUGGAAAUAAUGCUAGUUAAUGCGAGGUUUACAUCAGCAUGUAGGAGUAGUGUCAUUUUAACUUUUUUAGUGGUGCAAAAAAUGGAGCGUGUGAACCACAAAUGACUUACCUCUUAGUUGAGAUGUGAGCUGGUGCGUCAUUUGAGCUGGCGCCACCAUCAUUUGUUUCAUUUCUGGCGUCAGAUAGUAGUGUGUCAAGUCGGCCCCUGUAAACAUUGUCACAAGUCACACUGGAACGCUAGUCCAAGCCACUCGAUUUGUUUAGCUCAAGAAACUGUUAGCAGCGUAGUGUUUUGUUUAAAGAAUAAUUAUAGCUAAUAUGCACAGUGUGUGUAAUAUGACCUUUGUGGUAGAAUCAAACGUUGGUUUUCUAGAUGUUAACCACAACUGUUAUAAUCCAACAUGUUUAUCCUCCUCGUUAGAAUAUUAUACCUGAACUGACGGUCAUUACAGUGGCGAACUAGGUUUAGACUCAAGAUUUGAAAACCAAACAUGACUCAGCACUAAUAACUGAGGCAGUUAGUGAUGCCAUGUUUACAUGCUGGUGUAAACCUAAUCUAAAGCAUUGUAAAUUAUGGAAAAAAUUCCAUAAUUUACAAUGGCACAUUUCUUAGUUAGAUGGAUGACAUUUUAUCAAACUGUUAUCUAAUGGUUCGGGUUAAUGAGGGUGUGCUGUACUAGACCCAUACCCAACUAUACAAUAUAGCAACUACGGCUUCAGCAGAAUACAUUCUUCUUCUACAUCUGCUUUGAAAAUACUCAAAAUGUUAGAUUUGUUAGAGUGUAACCAAGAUAUGCCUUUUUUAAUAUCACGGAGGUUUAAAAGAGCUUUACAAAAACCAAAAAAGUGAAAAUAUAAUAAAAACAUUUUUGAAUUUUUUACUUGCUCAAAUUUUUAUUGAAAUUUGUGAAUUGUUCAUAAAUAUAUAUGCAAAUCCAAUCAAUUGAUUGUUUUAGUUGUAAUUGUAAUGAUUAUAACUUUCAAGUACUUUUUCCCUGUCGGUGACCACAUGUAUUCUUCAGAAUAUUUUAAUAACAUUGUUUAGCCAAAGUCUGGUAAAAUAAAAAUGUAUAAAACAACUUGCCUUUUAAAUUAUAUUAAUGCUCAUUUUAAAUAGCAGAACUGUUUAGUUUUAAUAUUUACACAACAUUGAAAAUAUACCUACUGAAUAUUUAAUGCAUAGUCAACAAAAACAAACGAUAGAAAAAUGUUAUCACUAUUGGAAACUAAAUAUCAUCUAGGUUUAAUGUUUAAUAGAAUAAUAAUUGUUCAAAAAACUCAAUACAAUAAAAACGUUAUUUGUAGGAAUUAACGUUGAAAUGAGCCAUAGUGUGUCUAUAACUUACAUAAAAAUCAUCUAUAUGUUCAUUUUAAUAUUUUCAAUCAAAAAAUAUGUUAAGUAUUUUAGCAAAAAUAUGUUAAACGUGGUUAAACUAAUUAUAAACUAUAACUUGUUGUAUUAUCAAAAACUGUUCACUCCAAAGCUAUAAAUAUUUUUUGUUAAAAAUUUAUUCCAUUAUGGGUAUUUGGUUGUUUUUGUUUUUUUACAGUAUAGCAAUAUCAAAAGCAAUAUUAUGUUAUUGUACAAUUGUUAUCAAGGGGGGAAUUGUUUUAUUAAAUUUGGAAGUGUAAAAAAUGGUAAAAGGGUGAAUAAACAGACAGAUUUAUGU